GAGACAGUUUUGACCUUUUAGUUAAUAAUACACAAACAAUCAUUUUAAGUGAAGAAAAAUCUUUUAAUAAGUUUAAUGAAGAUAAUAAUGAAGAAAUUGAAAACUUUGAGCCACUAUAUUCUGUUGCAUCAGAAAUGACUUUUAUAAACUGA